AUGCUGUCAGGCGCUGAGUCGGCAGCGCUUCUGUCUGAGCUAGCAGAAGACAAGUCCUUCAAAUCCAACGCCGAUGCAUUUUCCCGCGCUUUCCCUCCCGCCCGCCGCUUCACCGCCUGCUGCGCCCUCGCCAUGCUCCUCGAGGUGGCAUCAGAGGCAUCCCUGCCGGCCAUAGAGCGCUGCUUCGCCCUCAACCUGCUCUCACACUCACUUGCGGAUGUAAGUCCGCACAAGUCGAUUUCUGAGUUGACUUAG